ACUGGUGGCCCCAACACACCAAACACAAACGCACCGGCACCAUGAUUGCCGCCUGCCUGCUCGCCCUCGCGCUGCCCUGCGCCCUCGCAGGCAGCGUCUACAAGCCGUACCCGCGCAGCCUCGACCUCAUCGACCAGUACCAGUACCAGGAGCCCAGCGACGUCGCCUCCUACAUGCAGAAGUACGUCGAGGUCAUGAAGUACCAGCCCGAGGAGCUGCCCUGGGACUACCGGCCCGCCCCCGCCCCCGCCCCCGCCGCCGCCGCCGCUCUCUACCAGCCGCAGUACAAGGACGACAUGUACGAGCAGAUGAUCACCAGCCAGGAGCAGGACAUGAAGAUGAGGAAACCCAUCAAAAGCAAGAAGGAUGACACGAAGAUGCGGAAGAAGAUGACCAGCCAGGAACAAGGCAUGAAGAUGAUGCGCAAGCCAAUCAACAGCCAGGAGGAAGACAUGAACAUGCGCAAGAUGAUUACCAGCCAGGAGGACGACACGAUGACGCGCUUCGCCAAGCAGCCGCAGGCCAAGAAGCAGUCCAAGACCGACAAGAAGAAGUACGCCACCAACAAGGACAUGCCCGCCAGCACCGACAUGUACAAGACUGAACAGAACAUGAUCGACCAGGAGCAGGCCAUGAAGAUCCGCUACGCCGAGGUGCCGCAGUACGCCGCCGAGGAGCGGCCGGCCAUGCGCGCGGGCGCGGUGCCGGCGCCGCACGGGGACCCCGUGACGUGGCGCGGGCUGGCCGUGGCCGCCGGGCCGCGCUCCACCAUCAUGCAGCAGGACAUCGCCCGCAUCUUCGCCGACGCCUACGACACCAUCCCCCGCCUGAGCCCCGAGCACCGCGCCGCCGUGCAGGCGCUGGCCGCCGCGCCCGUCGUGGACGAGGACGCCGGCCUCAACGCCACGCAGCUGCUGCACAAGCACGGCUACGCGGCGGAGCGGCACGUCGUGCGCACGGACGACGGCUACGAGCUCACGCUGCUGCGCCUGCCCGCGCCCGCCGCGCCGCGCGCCACGGUGUUCCUCAUGCACGGCGCGCUCGGCAGCGCCGACGACUGGCUGCUGCUGGGCCGCGGCCGCGCGCUCGCGCUGCUGCUGGCCGACGCCGGCUGCGACGUCUGGAUCGGCAACGCGCGCGGCUCGCGCUACUCGCGCCGCCACGUCACCAUGCACCCGGCACAACCCGACUUCUGGCACUUCAGCAUGGACGAGAUCGCGCUGCACGACCUGCCCGCCAUGAUCGACUACGUGCUGCAGACCACGCAGCGGCCGCAGAUGUACUUCGUGGGCCACUCGACCGGCAACGCCGCCAUGUUUGCGCUGCUGGCCUCUCGCCCUGACUACAACGACAAGGUGGCCGCCAUGUUCGCGCUGUCGCCCGCCGUGUACAUGGAGCACGCGGUGAGCCCGCUGGUGCGCAUGGUGGCGCCCUCGAGCCCCUUCUCCGCGCGGCUGACGGAGGCGCUGGGCGACGCGGAGCUGCGGCCGAGCGGCGCGCUGCUGGCGGGCGCGGGCGGCGACCUGCUGCUGCAGACCAUCGGCUGCGAGCACAUCAGCUCCAACGCGGCCUUCGUGCUGGCGGGCGUGGACCCGGAGCAGCUGGGCGCGGUGCGCGUGCCGGCGGUGAUGGCGCACGUGCCGGCCGGCGCCUCCGCGCGCCAGCUGCGGCAGCUGGGGCAGGCGCUGGCGGCGCGCGACUUCCGCAAGUUCGACUACGGCGCGGCCAUCAACGAGCAGGUGUACGGGACGGUGGCGCCGCCGCGCUACAACGUGUCGACGGUGUCGGCCCCGGUGGCGCUGUACCACGCGGCCGCGGACUGGCUGGCGGCGCCGCUGGACGUGGCGCGGCUGCGGCGCGCGCUGCCCCGCCUAGUGGACGACUACCUGGUGCCCGUGGAGCACUUCGGCACCCUCGACUUCACCUACGGACAGUCGGCGCCCACCGCCGUCUACUCCAGGAUCAUCGACUACAUCCAGAAGAAAACCACCACUACCGAACAAGUGGUCUAGUUUAGCUUAGAUGUAGUUUAGGGUUAUAUAAAAAGUCUAGAGCAAACAUUAUCAUAUUGAAAACGUUGCAUUAGUAGGUAUUAGGAUUAAAAUAAUCUGUUCAUAAAUAAAUCCGUCCCCAAAAUUA